AUGGAGACAAUGCAUCAAUCCAUUAUAAAGGUGGAAGAGGACUAUGCCCUGAGCUCAGACUCUGACCCAGAUUCUGCAUUUUUAUCCAACUCCUGGGGCUGGAAACACAGCGUUAAUGGAUAUUCCCUGAGCUAUACACCAUCUCCUCAAAGUGUUUCUCCUGCAGUGUCUCCUGCAAUAUCAUAUGAGUCCUCCUCUGCCUCUGCAGGACUGGAUGAGGUGCCUUACAGAGGUGAGAUGGUCACUUACAGCUUGAUGCACUAUCCUGAUCACUACCAACAUGAAACAGAGGGAACCAAAGCUGGACACAGACGUGGACACAAAGCUGAAAUGUCCACACACCGCAGAAGAAAGGCCAGUGAGAGAGAAAAGAUGCGCAUGAGGGCAAUUGCUGAUGCUCUUCACACCUUGCGUAAUAAUCUCCCCCCAAUAUACAGCCAAGGCAGGCAGCCUCUCACCAAGAUACAGACCUUGAAGAGCACCAUCUCCUACAUCGCUGAGCUGACAAAUAUUCUAAACAGUAGCACAUAA